GACCAAUCAUCAAACACUCCAACAUUCGUGACUGAAAAGGUUCAGGAGCAGGGUGGAGUUCCAUCAAGUUCCAUUUCUAACGAUUAUCACUGUCAGUGGUGGAUUUGAUGAUGGAGAUACUUGGUAAUAUAUCAUCGGCAUUUUGGUCCCCUGACGUUUGGUUACCGCCGAAUAUAACGUGGGACAACAUUGCGCCAAAUUCGGAUAACAAAUAUGCAGAUUAUCGGCAUCUCGUAUAUCCACUGCCUAUGGCACUUGGACUUCUAGUCAUCAGAUACUGCUUCGAGAGGUAUUGCUUUGCACCAUUCGGUAAGUCACUGGGUAUAAAGCCAAAAACGAAGAGAGCACCACCAAAUCCAAUACUAGAGAAGGCAUACACUAAGCGAAUAAAGCAUAAACAGGUAACGGCACUUGCCAAGCAGCUCGACUGGUCCGAGAGACAGGUAGAGAGAUGGCUGAGAUUGCGGAGGGCCCAGGGCAAGCCAUCGACCCUCACCAAAUUCUGUGAGGACAGUUGGAAAUGUAUGUAUUACGCUAUUAUAUUCAUCUACGGCCUGAUUGCCCUCUGGGACAAGCCAUGGCUCUGGGACAUCAAGCACUGCUACUACAACUAUCCCUAUCAUGCUGUCAGCGAUGAUGUCUGGUGGUAUUACAUGAUCUCGAUGUCGUUCUACUGGUCCCUCAGUAUUUCUCAGUUCUUCGAUGUCAAGAGGAAAGACUUUUGGCAGAUGUUUAUACAUCACAAGGCGACUAUUCUCCUCAUGUGCUUCUCAUGGGUCGGCAAUUUAACUAGGAUUGGAUCGCUGGUGCUGGUUAUCCACGACUGUGCAGAUAUACUCCUAGGGGCUGCCAAGCUGGCUAAGUACGCUAAUUACCAAAAACUCUGUGAUGUUUUAUUCGCUCUCUUCACUAUUUUAUGGCUCAUAACGCGCAUGGGUCUCUAUCCGUUGUGGAUAAUCUACAGCACUUCAAUAGCGGCUCCAAAAAUCGUGCCAAUGUUCCCAGCCUACUAUAUCUUCAAUUCUUUAUUAAUUCUUCUAUUCGUCCUUCACACUAUCUGGACACGAAUAAUCCUCAAGAUUGCAUUUAACGCACUCUACGCCGGCCAGAUGGAAGGUGAUCUACGUAGUGACAGCAGUGAGGAGGUAUCCGAUGAUUUGUCAAAUGACUUACCCUCAAACAACUCGAAUCACGCUAAGAAAAUUUCCGAUAAACAGGACUAACCGAUGUGUUGGUUUCACGAUUCCUAGAUAUUAAUUUGUCAAUAAUGUUUCAAGUCGAGUUCAACGAUAAAAAAGAAAGCGAUUCUAUGGAUGCAAUAUUUUCGAUCGAACAUUGUGGGAAUUUUUUUUUCCCCGUUCGAUUAAACCAAAUAUUCAACAACUAAAGAGUUGAGAGUGAACAAAAAUUGUAACAUGAUUCAGAUAUUAGCGGGAAGGAGAGAUGGUUGCCCAAUUUAUGAUAAUUUUCGUUUGUAUUUUAAUUUCAUAUCGGUGUAAGUGACCUAAGCGAGUAUCAACGCUUGUUCAGUGUGGCGAGAGUUAUUUUUGUGUCAUUAAUAUUUGAUUGGUUUGUGUGUGAGGGAUUGAUAAGGCAAUUUCGAAAUGAAGUUGAAGUGAGAGGAUGUAAAAAUAGGAGUUAUCUGAAUUACGUAAUUGAGUCCCAGUUGUAUCAUCUUACGUAGGAUAAGGUAGCACUCGUAAGGUAAUACAAACAGGACCUCAAUGAAUUUUUUUUUCACCAAUUAUUUUCUCAUCAGAGGUCAAUGAUAAAAAAGACGAGACUCUUUUUUAAUAAUUCAAGUUGAAUGAAACGAGAGUGUAAAUAAAAUAAUUUAUAGUGCUGUUGUGGUUGAAAUUGAACUAAUGUUUCAGUGCCUAAUGCAGUAUAUUUAAAUUAACUAUUCACGUCUUGCAUUUUUCUAUGGGAUUGAGGAUAUAUUAUUUAUCUAAUUGUAUUAGUUCAUGACUCGAUUCAGUGAACAUAAAUUUUGUCAAUUACGAGAAUUAAUUUUCACUCCGACGAUUUAAGUAACGAUCCAGGGAGAAGAGAUAAAAUUCUCUAUAAAAUUUCACUACAUCGCUGCAGAUGAACUGAAAUGAAUUUCAUCGUUUAUCUCUUCGCCACUGACUUCUUUCUCAUUAUUUACAUCACUGUAUUUUUGCAGAAUUGCACAUUCCAUGGUACUGCGAAAUGUCCUCUGCAAUGGAUUUAUAUAAUGCCGUAUUAUUUUCAUGAUAUGCUAGACAGUAGAGAAAAUUGCCUGAUAAAAAUGGGAAACAAAGUGAAUACUGUGGAGAGAGACAAAUCAUCCAAUUGACCAUGACAAUGAGAAUUUUCAAAAUGAUAAUGUUUCCAGAUUUUGGAUAGACCCAGUGUUCAAGGCCGUUAAUGAUGCAAGUAUUUAAGAACCGUCUACGUGAUAAUUUGUACUAAUCUCGAUAAUCUUCGUACAUCUGAUCGAAGAGAGGAGACGUAUGGGUGGAAAAAAAAAA